UCUAGCUGGCGGCGCUCCUGAAUCCGGGAGCCGCGGCGGGUGUGCGCGCCAUGGAGCAUGUGACGGAGGGGUCCUGGGAGACGUUGCCGGUGCCGCUGCACCCGCGGGUGCUGGGCGUGCUGCGGGACCUAGGUUUCCCGUACAUGACACCGGUGCAGUCCGCAGCCAUCCCUCUGUUCCUGAAAAACAAAGACGUCGCUGCAGAAGCGGUCACCGGGAGUGGGAAGACACUCGCUUUUGUCAUCCCCAUCCUGGAAAUUCUCCUGAGACGAGAAGAGAAGUUAAAAAAGAGUCAGGUUGGAGCCAUAAUCAUCACACCCACUCGAGAGCUGGCUAUUCAAAUAGAUGAGGUCCUGUCGCAUUUCACGAGGCCCUUCCCACAGUUCAGCCAGAUUCUCUGGAUCGGAGGCAGGAAUCCUGGAGAAGACGUUGCGAGGUUUAAGCAGCAGGGUGGGAACAUCGUGGUGGCGACUCCAGGCCGCUUGGAGGACAUGUUCCGGAGGAAGGCUGAGGGCUUGGACCUGGCCAGCUGCGUGAAGUCCCUGGACGUCCUGGUGUUGGAUGAAGCAGACAGACUUCUGGACAUGGGGUUCGAGGCAAGCAUUAACACCAUCCUGGAGUUUUUGCCGAAGCAAAGAAGAACGGGCCUUUUCUCCGCCACUCAGACGCAGGAAGUGGAGAGCCUGGUGAGGGCUGGCCUCCGGAACCCCGUGCGGGUCUCGGUGCGGGAGAAGGGCGUGGCGGCCAGCAGCACCCAGAAGACCCCCUCCCGCCUGGAGAACUACUACAUGGUGUGUAAGGCGGAUGAGAAGUUUAAUCAGCUGGUACAUUUUCUUCGCAAUCGGAAGCAGGAAAAGCACCUGGUCUUCUUCAGCACCUGCGCCUGCGUGGAGUACUACGGAAAGGCCCUGGAGGCGCUGGUGAAGGGCACGGAGGUCAUGUGCAUCCACGGGAAGAUGAAGUACAAGCGGGACAAGAUCUUCACGGGCUUCCGCGGGUUGCAGAGCGGGAUUUUAGUGUGCACUGACGUGAUGGCCCGAGGAAUAGACAUUCCCGAAGUCGACUGGGUUUCGCAGUACGACCCUCCCAGCAACGCAAGUUCAGGGCCCGUAAGUGGCAGAGCUGGGACUGAGCUGCGGGGUCUGGCAGCUGCAGGCCCACGCCCUGCCUGGCGUCGUCACGUGACCGUGCUCCCAUCCUGUGUUCGCAGCGCCUUCGUGCACCGCUGUGGUCGCACGGCCCGCAUCGGCCACGGCGGCAGUGCGCUGGUGUUCCUCCUCCCCAUGGAAGAGUCCUACGUCAAUUUCCUUGCAAUUAACCAGAAAUGCCCCCUGCAGGAGAUGAGCCUCCAGAAGAGCACCGCGGACGUCCUUCCGAGGCUCAGGGCCAUGGCCCUGGCCGACAGAGCCGUGUUUGAGAAGGGCAUGCGAGCUUUUGUGUCGCAUGUCCAGGCUUACGCGAAGCACGAGUGCAGCCUCAUCUUCAGGUUAAAGGAUCUCGAUUUUGCUGCUCUUGCUCGGGGUUUCGCCCUGCUCAGGAUGCCCAAGAUGCCAGAACUGAGAGGAAAGCAGUUUGCAGAUUUUGUGCCCGUGGACAUUAACACAGACACCAUCCCAUUUAAAGAUAAAAUGAGAGAGAAGCAGAGGCAGAAACUCCUGGAGCAACAACGAAAAGAGAAAACAGAAAAUGAAGGGAGAAGAAAAUUCAUAAAAAAUAAAGCUUGGUCAAAGCAGAAAGCCAAAAAGAAAAAGAAGAAAAAAAUGAAUGACAAAAGGAAAAGAGAAGAGGGUUCUGACAUUGAAGAUGAGGACAUGGAGGAACUUCUUAAUGAUACAAGGCUCUUGAAAAAGUUUAAAAAAGGCAAAAUCACUGAAGAAGAAUUUGAGAAGGGAUUGUUAACAAGUGGCAAAAAGUUAGUCAAGGCAGCAGAUUCCAGAAUCGCAGAUUUGUAGGAUGACUGCUGAUCCCUGGACCUGAGGCGAGACGCACGUGUGUGCCCCGCACGCGGCAGGCGGCUCACGUUGGCCUUCGCUGCACGUCAGAACGUCGGCAGACACGCAGGAAGCGUCUCAUCUCUGCAAGCUGUCGUUUCAGACGGGGGAGAGAUGAGGGAGGAUUCGCACUCUUGACUAUUACUAGAAACUUGCCAGCCUCGAGGAGGUCACGCGAGUGUAAAUAACAGAUGUCGAUAUUUAUUUCACGUGUCAUCUACAUAAAGAGCUCGUUUUCUGGGGCGAAUUUACACUUAUUUUUUAACACGCAGAUACUGAAGUAGACUCGAUUGUAGGCUGUUUAAGGUUCCUUCGUGUUCGCAGGCACCGUACCUCCCUGGGUGUCUGACCCCUGGACUUCAGGUCUCUGAUGCACUGAGCACCUGCAUAGGGCGGCUAAUGCUGCUGGCGUGUUUCUUUCCUUAGAAAAGUCCCUAGUACUGUUUUGGGGCGGGGGGGGGUU